GGAAGACGAAAGCCAGGAAGGAAAAGCGCAGGACCAGUAAGUCUCCAGAGAAUGCUACUCACGGGCCUUUUCGGACAAGUAGGCGAUCCAUCACUGUCUCAGUCCCAUCGCUCCCUACCGUAGGACUGGGGCCCCGUUCCUGGAAAGGCGUUUGGGAGUAAAGAUGGAAGUCGGAGGGGAACGCUGUGCUAAACAAAGGCAAGUCCUGAUUCUCUUUCUCUUGCUGGGAGUGGCGCUAGCAGGCUGGGAAUCCCGUCGCUAUUCCGUGAUGGAGGAAGCUGAGAGCGGCUCGUUUGUGGCUAAUCUGGCCAAGGACCUGGGGCUGGGAGUUGGGGAGCUAGCUGCGCGGGAAGCCCGGGUGGUCUCUGAGGACAACGAACCCCGGUUGCAGCUGGAUCUGCAGACCGGGGAGUUGAUAUUAAAUGAGAAACUGGACCGGGAGGAGAUGUGCGGUUCCACAGAGACAUGUGUGAUGCAUUUCCAAGUGUUACUGAAAAAACCAAUGGGAGUAUUUCGAGCUGAGCUAUUGGUGAGAGACAUAAACGACCAUUCUCCUGAAUUUCCUGAAAGAGAGAUGACACUGAAAAUCGUAGAGACUAGCCCUCCUGGGACGGUGUUUCCUCUGAAAAAAGCCCAGGACUUGGACGUGGGCAACAACAACAUCCAAAACUACUCUAUCAGUCCCAACUCUUAUUUCCGUUCCACCCGAAACCGAGGUGACGGCAGGAAAUACCCAGAGCUGGUGCUGGACAAAGAGCUGGAUCGAGAGGAGCAAGCUGAGCUCAGAUUAACUGUCACAGCACUGGAUGGUGGCUCUCCACCCCGGUCUGGCACUGCCCAGGUCCGCAUCUUGAUUGUGGAUGUCAAUGACAAUGCCCCUGAGUUUGCACAGACCCACUACCAAGUGCAGGUCCCAGAGGACAGUCCUGUAGGCACUCUAGUUGUCAAGGUCUCUGCCAGAGAUUUAGACGCUGGGACAAAUGGAGAGAUAUCAUACUCACUUUUUUAUAGUUCUCAAGAGAUAAGCUCAACUUUUGAGCUAAACAGCAUUUCAGGAGAAGUUAGACUAAUUAAAAAACUAGACUUUGAGACAGUAUCCUCAUAUGAGUUGGAUAUAGAUGCAUCUGAUGGCGGAGGACUUUCUGGAAAAUGCUCUGUCUCCAUUGAAGUGGUGGAUGUUAACGACAACUCCCCAGAACUAACGAUUUCAUCACUUACCAGCCCCAUUCCUGAAAAUGCCCCUGAGACAGAAGUGGCCCUGUUUAGGAUUCGUGACCGAGACUCGGGGGACAAUGGAAGGAUGGUUUGCUCCAUCCAGGAUGAUCUCCCCUUCCUCCUGAAACCAUCUGAAGAGAAUUUCUACACCUUGGUAACAGACGGACCGCUGGACAGAGAAAGCCAAGCCGAGUACAACAUCACCAUCAGCGUCAGCGACCUGGGGACCCCCCGGCGGCACACCCAGCACAACCUGACCGUGCGCGUGGCCGACGUCAACGACAACGCGCCCGCCUUCAGCCAGCCCGCCUACACCCUGCGGGUCCGCGAGAACAACAGCCCCGCCCUGCACAUCGGCACCGUCCGCGCCACCGACGCCGACGCGGGCGCCAACGCCCUGCUCACCUACUCGCUGCUGCCGCCCUCCGACCCGCACCUGCCCCUCGCCUCGCUCGUGGCCAUCAACCCCGACACCGGCCAGCUCUUCGCCCUGCGCGCCCUCGACUACGAGGCCCUGCGCGCCUUCGACUUCCAGGUGCGCGCCGCCGACCGCGGCGCGCCCGCGCUCAGCAGCCAGGCGCGGGUGCGCGUGCUCGUGGCCGACGCCAACGACCACGCGCCCGUCGUGCUCUACCCGCCGCCCAACGCCUCGGCGCCCUGCACCGAGCUGCUGCCCCGGGCGGCCGAGCCGGGCUACCUGCUCGCCAAGGUGGUGGCGGUGGACGGCGACGCGGGCCAGAACGCCUGGCUGUCCUACCGGCUGCUGCAGGCCACCGAGCCCGGGCUCUUCGGCGUGGGCGCGCACAGCGGCGAGGUGCGCACGGCCCGGCCGCUGAGCGAGCGCGACGCGCCCCGGCAGCGGCUGCUGCUGCUGGUGCGGGACCACGGCGAGCCGCCGCUCUCGGCCAGCGUCCCGCUGCACGUGCUGCUGGUGGACGGCUUCUCGCAGCACCUGCCGCCGCCCGAGGCCCCCGGCCGGGCGCCGGGCGCCGGCGCGGACGAGCCGCUCACCGUCGCCCUGGUGGGGGCGCUGGCGUGCGUGUCGGCGCUGCUGGUGGGGGCGCUGCUGGCCUUGGCGGCGGGGCGGCUGUGCCGGCGGGGCGGGGCGGCCUCGGCGGGCUGCGCGGGGCCCGCGGAGGGCGGCGUCCCGGGCCAGCUGCUGGACGUGGGCGGCACGGGCACCCUGGCCCACGGCUACCGCUACGAGGUGUGUCUGGCGGGGGGAAGUGGGAGUGAUGAGUUCAAAUUCUUGAAGCCUGUCUUCCCCAACAUUCUAGGACAGCACGUUGAGAGGAAGUCAGAAGGAAGUCCAACCUUCGAGAAUAGUUUAGGUAUCUGAAACUUCCUCACUGCAUACAUGAGUUUUGCCUCCUUCACCUUUCCCUUUCUUUUUUAAUCCUGUAGCAAUUUUAAUUCUACUAGUCUUUUUCCUUUUCUAAUACUUUUCUUAGUAAUGCUCCUCUUUGUGUUGGUGGCCUGUUUGUCCUAUAAUUAUUUUUUCCAAUUAUUGUAUUGUUAGUAAAAAAAAUUGUAUGUCAGGAAAUUUCACAUUUCUGACUAAAUUUUAGUAUGUAUUUCUACAUAAUAUUAAAGUUAGCCUCUCAGAAUAAAAGUAAUUCUAAUUUAAAAAGUGCUUUUCUCAUUAUAGGACACUACAUAAGAAUGUCUGGGAAUUCCACUGUGGUAAAGCAGGUUAAGGAUCCAGCCUUGUCACUCCAGGGACUCCUGUUCCAUUCUUGGCCCUGUAACUUCCACAUGCCAUGGGUGCAGCCAAAAAAAAAAAAAAAAAAAAAGGUCUGAUUUCUUUUUAUCAUAUUUCAUUUUUAUCAUACUGGAAGUCUUUUAAGAUUUUAUUAUUUAUUUACAGUUAUGACUUUUCUAUAAUCCUUCUUCUGUUUGAGGUGGAAUCAAUUUAUAUUUACUUAUGUCCAGUUUCUUCCAAGCUUCUGUUUUGAUUUUUGUCUUACCUAUAGGUAGCAACAUGUGUAAUUUUAUACUAUUUAUUUCAGAAUCACAUUUGUAAUCAUUACAUUUUUGCUCUACUGAUCCUAUUAAUAUUUAUAGGAAGAUCUACUGAUACCCAGAUGGACUAUGUUUAAGGAGUUCUUAUAUACUCUGAAUGUCAGUAGACAUGUCUAUGCAUGGCCUGUAAUUGUCCCUUGCUGUUGCAGACAAAUUCUCAGGUGAGCUCCAAAUUCUGGGCCUAGAGGAGUUAUUGAUGGCACAACAUUCCAAAAUCUGCUUGCCUUUGGAUGAUGACAUUGUUUUGGUUAAUAGGGAAUUUGAAAGAAAAUACCCUGUAGAAUUAAUAUUAGUUAACCAAAGAAAACUUAGUUAAGGAUGUGUUGGUGAGGGGUUGAAUGAUUUGAAGAAACAGUCCGCCCUGUUUCAAGACUCCUGUCUCCAGGAGCCUCAUAACUUUGUGGAUAGUUGUUCUGUGGUCUGCAGAGUAAUGCGCCCUAAAGGCAUCCACAUCCUAAUGCCUGGAGAUUUAACUUGCUGUGUUAUAUUGCAAAAGGGAAUUAAGGGUCAGAGCAAUUAAGAUUGCUAAUAGGUUAGUCUUAAAAUAGGGAGAAUUGGAGUUCCUGCUGUAGCACAGUUGAUUAAGAAUCCAACUGCCCAGGCUCCAGUCAAAGCAGAGGGGGCGUGUUCAAUCCCUGGCCGGGGGAACUUCCAUAUGCUGAAGGUAUGGCCAUUAAAGAAAUAGGGAGAGUAUCCUAGAUUACCUGGAUGGGCCUGAUUCAGCCAGUUGAAAGGCCUUGAAAACAGAGCUGAGUCUUCCCUAAGAAGAAAUGCUUACUGUGGGCAGCAGCUUCAGCUCAUGCCCCAGAUUUCCAGCCUGCCCUUUCUCAUUGCCUGCUCUACAGAUUUUGGACUUGCCUAGCCAGCUCCCAUCACCAAAUAAAUCACUUCUUUGCAAUAAAUCUCUUAAUAUUAUAUAUAUAUAUAUAUAUAUAUAUCCUUCUGGUUCUGUUUCUCUUGUUGAACCCUGACUGAUACAGAUUUUGGUAUGUAGCAGUGGAGUGUUUCUGUAACAACUAAAAAUACGGAAACUGCUUUGGAAUUGGGUAGUAGGCAUUGGCUGGAGGAAUUUUGGAAAGCAUGAUGGGAAAAGCCUAGAUUGCUUUGGAUAGACUGUUAAUUGAAAUACGGGUGUUAAUAGGUCUGCUAGCAAAGACUCAGAAGGAAGUAAGGAGUAUGGUGGAGAAAACAUAUUGCCUAAUAAUCGAAACUUUAGGAGAUUUGAUAGUAAUAUCGAUGUUACUGUCACUGCUGCCGAGGGCUCAGAAAGAAAGGAGGAAGAUGUUAUUAGAAACUGCAGGAAAGGGACUCCCUGCUACAUAGUGACAGAAAACAGAGCUGAAUUGUGUCCUGCAGUAGAAAUGUGUGUGGGGGGGGAAGCUUGUAAGCAAUGAACUUGGAUAUUUAGCUGAGAAGAUUUCCAGGCACGGGUUGAAAGCAUAGCCUCAUUUCUUCUUGCUACCUAUAGUAAAAUGUUGAGAAGAAUGAAAUAGAGGGAGGGACUGUUAAACAAAAAGGAACCAGAGUUUGAUGACUGGAGAAAUUCUCAGCCCAUUCAGAUUGUAAAAGAUGCUCAGAUUAGGAGGUUCCCUAUUAGGAAAGGAUGCUCUGGGGAGAAAGCCAAGUGUGUCACAGGUGUACACUAUUUGUAUUAUGUGAACACACUGAGAUGAUAUUAUAAUGAGAUGAGAUCUGGGAGGACCUGGAAUAUAUUUCUUAUGUGGCAUAGGUGUGUAUCUUGGGGGACCAGAGGGUGGACUCUGGUAGAGAGGAUAACAGCCCCGCAAAGUAUCUAUCUCCUGAUCCCUAGAACCUGUGAGUAUUUUAUGUUGUGUGGCAAAGGGGAAUUAAAGUUGCAGAUGGAAUUAAGGUUGAUAAUCAGUUGACCUUAAAAUAAAGAGAUUACUCUAGAUUAUCCAGGUGGGUCCAGUGUUAUCCAAUAGUCUUUAAUAACAAGUGGAAGUAGGAAGCAGAAGAGUCAGGGCCAGAGUGAUGUUAUGUGGGAGACUGAACCAGGCAGCACUGUUUGAAGAUGAAGGGGAGCCACAAGUGAGGGAAUGCACAGCCUGUAGAAGCUAGAGAAGCUAAAAUGUAUUUUCCCUUAAAGCCCCCGGGAAAGGAGUGUAGUUCUACCUUAACUUUAGCCCAAUUUAACUUUUGAACUCCUGAACAGUAAGACAAUAAAUUUGCGUUUGUGUUUUUAAGCCACUGAGUUUGUGGUAAUUUGUUACAGCAGCAACAGGACGUAAAUACAAAUGGCUAUCAACACAGCCAUGUCCCAGCCCAUUUUUCCUUGCCUUCCCUACUCUGGGCCACAUAUUCAUGUUCCCUUCAUCUCUUGCAGGGAGGAGUGGCAUAUGAAUCCAUUAUGGCUAAUGAUGUAGAAGUGCACUUGGGAAUUGGGCUUAAAGGAAAUAUUUUUGAAAGGGCUAAUCUGAGAUGGCAUGUUCCCCUUUAGGACUUUUGCCCAUUUUCCUUUUUCUUAACUGGCAUGGGUCCUGGGGAGUAAGCCUUGAGUGGAAGCAGCCAACUGGCAACCACAAGAUGCAUACCAUAAAACAAAGGUCUGUAUGCUAAGUAUGAAAAUGUGGAAAGAAUUUCUUAUAGCAUUGUUAAGCUGCCGCAACCCUCUACGCUCCCUUCUCCCAGGCUUUGCGUUGCACUUUAUAAAUAAACCCCUAUGUGAUAAAACAACUGAAGUCAGGUUUUCUGUUGACUAGAGACAAGUGCAUUCCAAACUGACACAUCUCCUCCUCAUGAGUAAGGCUGAUGUACACAACUAUCUGAUGAGGUCCUAGACUGUCUAUUUAAGGUGCACAACCCGCUUGAUAGAAAAUCAAGGGACAGUAUUCAGAGUUACUGAAGCUGACUUCCUGUCUUCGUUCGGUUCUCUCUCAAUUUGACUGAUACAAACAUACACAGUUGAACUUUCUAAGGAAACUUCCUGGCCAAUAGCAACCCAAAAAGUUGAGUUAGGGAGAAAAGAAUGAGACAGUGAGCUGAUAAAUGCCAGCUAUACUUUUAUACCUGCUUUAGCAGUGUCCUGACAAGACGACUAGAAGGUUUAUGUAGCAAUCCAGAACACAGGGCUGGUUUCCCUCUCGAGCACGGAAGUAGCAGGUCCAACAAGUUUACUUAGUAAAAUUAAUUGACUACAUAUGAGUCCUAAAAAUCUUUGAAAGCAGAUCUUUUCAGCGUAUAGAGAUGUGUGUUUUGAGACCUCACUGUGUCAGGAACUAUUACUUCUUUCCAAUCUUACUUUACAAAUAGGUCAAGUGUAGAACUGAAAGGUAUCUCCAAAGGCUUUUUGUUUCUAUCUUUUCUUAGAUUCAUCUGGAAUACCUUGAAAAGAGCAUUACUUCCGGUUUAGUAGCACAGCCACAAAAACGCAGUAAAAAUCACAUGAUAUAUGAAUGGUAAUGUCUAAAGAAAGUUUAGAACUUCUCAGCUGUACUCAGAGUGGUUGUGUGUUUGCGUAUGUUUAUGUGUGUGCAUUUGGGCGUGGGGGGUGGGAGGGCAGGCGGAAUAGCUUUAGUGGGUGGUGGAGAAGCACACGUGCAGAUACCUCGCAGAAGGUAUCUUUUCCACACUGUAAAGAUACUGCUCCCUUACUGCAUAAAUAUAGGUAAUAAAAUUGCCAGUAGGAACAUAUUCUAAAAUAGAUGACAUCUGCAAAAUAAAAGACAUUCCUCUCUGUAAAUUUAAUACUAGCAUUAUUGAAUCUAGAAGUUUGGUAGCCCUCUUGGCCUUGAAGGAAAAGCCCAGGAGAAGAAACAGUAAAGCAGAUACCAUCAAUUUUUUUCCCCAGUGAACCCAGGAAACAACAGUUAGGAUGUGGCAGGGCUGGAAUAGGGUGAGACCACGUUGUACACGCGUAGAGUUGGAUCCUGUCUUCAUCUAAAAUGUUGAUAUUUUGUUCAUCAUAGAUCAUAUCAUUGUUUGACUUUUUAGAAUAGUGCAUAAAAUAGUAUCGGUCUUGACUACUAAGUUUUUGGGUAACCCAUCAAUUUUGCCUCUAAGACACUUGACUUACCCGAGUCCUGGUCCUAUUGGUGUCCAAGUGGACAUGACAGCGGUGGGGAGGGUGGGCACCGCUGAGAUAUUGAGUGUUGCGAUCGGAAUCAAGUCCCCUCCAUUCUGAACAUGAGGUAGCGACAGCGACCGAAGAAUACAAAGAUCCAAGCAGCUCCAACAAACUGAAGUCCUGCCAACUGGGAAUGGAAGGGCACCUAUAAGGCUGUGGGUCAUCAGGCAAACUGUACAUAUGUUUUUAUUCCUUGUGGCAGGCAGCAGUGUGACAAAAAAAGUUCUCUGUCAUGGAGAGUCAAUAUGUUAGUACAUUGUUGAGAAUUUUUACAUCUAUAUGCAUGAGGGAUAUUGGUCUCUGUAUUUUUACACGGUAUGUCCUUGUCAAGUUUGGUUUCAGGGUUAUACUAGUCUCAUAAAAUGACUGACACAAUUAUUUAGUCCACCUCUCUUUUAUGCAAGUGGUUGUGUAAGAUAUUUAUUAUUUCUUCUUUAUGUAUUUGAUAGAAUUUACCACAGAAGCCACUGGUGACUAACAUUUUCUUUGGGGAGAAAUUUUGAAUUGCAAAUUAAAUUUCUCAGGUGGAUAUGCUGUAAUUCCAGUUUUCUUUUUUCUUGUCAGUUGAUAACUUGUGUUUUUUAAAUAAUUUGUCCAUUUAAUCUAAGAUGUUAGUACACUGACAUGAAGUUACUGCUAUCCCUUUAUUAUAUUUUCAAUAUAUUUAGGAUCUGUUGUGGUGCCCCUCUUUCCUUCUAGAUAUUGGCGAAUAUGUUUACUCUCCUUUUGUCUUUACAGUAUCGCUAUAUCAAUUUUAUUAAAUUUUUAAACAACCCUUGUCUUUUUUUCCUAUUUCUCUUUUCUAUUUCAUUGAUUUCCAUUCAUGUUUUUAUUUCUUUUUUAAAUACCUACUUUGGGUUUAGUUUUCUAUUCUUGUUUUUCUCAAAGUUGAGGUCAUGGAUUCUAUCCUUUCUUUUCUAAUACAAAUUAAAUAUAUAAAGUAUAAGUUAAAGCUAUAAAUUUCUUUCUAUAUAUUACUUAAGCUGCACUUCAUUUUUGUACAUUGUGAUUUCAUUACCAUUAAGUUUGAAUGUAUCUAUACUGUCCCUGUUGAUUUCUCUUUGAUCCAUUCCUUAACUAGAAGUAUUACUUAAUUUCCAAAUAUCCAGGGAUAUAAUUUUUGAUAUCCAAAAUAAUUCUGUUUUGGUCUGAGAAUGUACUGUAUACAACUUCAGUCCUUUGAAAUUCAUUGAAUUUUGUUGUUUUGUUGUUAUCCAACAUACAGGUUAUCUUGAUGAGCUUCUUGUGUGUACUUUGAAUGAAUGCAUUCUACAGUUGUCAUAUAUAGUGUUCUAUAAAUAGCAAUUAAACCAAAUUGCUUUGAUAAUUUUGUUAAAAUAUUCUGUAUUCUUGCCACAUUUUUCUACAUGUUUUAUCAAUUACUGAGAGAAAAGGGUCAAAUUCUUCAACUAUGAUUGUGAACUUGUCUAUUUCUCCAUUCAAUUCUAGCAUUUUUUUAAACCUCAUGUAUUUUGAAGCUCCAUUAUUAGAUGAUAGGAUUUUUUAUCUUCUCCAUGAAUUGAGGAGAAUCAUAUGAAACAGCCCUUUCAGUUUCUAGUAAUACUUUAAAUCUGCUAUUAAUAGAGUCACCCUAUAUUCUUAUGCUUAGGGUUUGUAUAUCUUUUUUCAUAAUGUUGUUAAGUGUGUCUUUGGUAAACUACGUAGAGUUGGAUCUUGCUUUUUUACCCAGUCUUAUAAUUUCUGAUUUUAAUGGAGUGCAUUCUAUUUAUAUUUAAUGUAAUUACAUAAUUGUAUCUAUUGCAUUUUUUAUUCAUACUCUUGUUUUCAUUCAUUUGUUUCCCAUUUUCUAUUUUCUUUGGCUUAAUUCUGUAUUUUUUGAUAUUUCAUUUUAUAUCCUAAAUUGACUUUUUACCUAUAACAGUUUUGGGGUAUUUCCACUAAGGAUAAGAAUACAUAGCCAUUACUUAUCACAGUCUACCUUAAAUUAGUAUUAUAUUACUUCAUCUAUAAUGUGGAAAACUUCCUAUUAUGUAAUCAUCAUCCUUUUUGCCAUGGCAUGGAUCAGUACAAGACACUGAUAAGAUAUUUAAGAAUUCAUGUGAUGGAGAACCUUCACGAAUAUAAUCACUUGAUCUUAGUCAAAACGCUAAGAAGCAAGCUAUGAAUAUAAUCAAAUUGGAAAAUAUGUCAAAAAGAUGUUAAUAUCUACUGUGUAGAUGCUGUUUCAUACUGGAGAGAAACAUAAUGAAGGUAAUCAAUAUGGAAAAAGCCUUCAUCCUGAUUCCAAAUUUAAAUGUGCACAAGAGAACUCAUACUGAAGAGAAGUCUUAUGAAUUCAGUGGAUGUUAGAAAGCCUUCACUGAUCACUCACUUACUAAGACUCACAUGGGAUCGAAACUGACAGUACCAACAGCCUGAACCAAGCCAGAACACAGAUUGGGACUUGAACCCAUGGUUUCAAAUUAGAAUCACUCACCCAGGACUCACUGAGGUUUAGGUUCUCCAUACCUCUGUGCAGCAGGAAGUCAGUGAGAGACAAAGUGAUAGGCAAAAAAUAAAUUUAUUUGGAUAGGACGCUUGUGAAAGAUGCAAGCAGGCAGGCAUGUAAACUCUGCCCUGAGGAUCUGAUGGGCUACAGUUUUAUCAUCCAGGGGAGUGGGGGUCGGAAAAGACCACCUCUUCCUUUCUGGGAGUAGUAACUCCUCCUUGGUUUCCAGUAAGGUGUGUAUUCAGGUCUGCAGAAGGGUGGUCCUCAAACUCUUGCCCUUAGUCUGAACCUGAAUGCAGGCCUAAUCCCAUCCCCCACCCAAUGACCUGAGGCAAUUCUCCCCUCCACUAGUCGAGCAAGCCUGCCUUGUGCUGAUGGCUUUCUUGAGCAAUUGAAAAGCUUACAGUGACCUCCCAGUGUCCCCUAAGUUUCCCUCUUUAACUCUGGUCCUUUACUGGGACUUCUACAACUACCUGUGCCUACUCCAUCCCUAUCAGGAUCACACACUGGACACAAACACUAUCAAUGUAAGGAACAUAAGGAAUUCUUCAGCUAUCCUUUGUAUCUUAAUAUGUGAACAUUCACAGUGGAGAAUACUAUGAAUAUACAAAAUGUCAGAAAGCUUAUUCAUUCUUCAUGGACCACUGUUCAUGGAAGAACUCACAGUGGAGCUAAGCCUUAUAUUCAUAUCAUGUGAAAAAUGUUACAAAGCCUUCUAUUUUCUUUCAUCUCUUAGGAAAUGUGAGAACUCUCACUGGAGAAAAACUCUAUGAGUAUGAAAAGUGUGGAAAAAUCAUCAAUUGUCCCUCAUCCUUUAGGGCAUAUAUGAGAACUCAUAUUGAAAAUAUAUCCAGUGAAUGUAGAAGAAUGUGAGAAAGUCCCUCUCUCUGUCCCUUCCCCCACCCCUUGCCGUAGCAUGCAGCUGCAGACCAGGGAUUGAACACAGGUUACAGCAAUGAAAGCACUGAGUCCUAACCACUAGACCACCAGGCGACACCUAAGAAAAUCUUCAUUUCUUUUAUAUCCCUUACAGUACAUUGGAGAGAAGCAUUAUGAGUAUAAGAACUAUGGGAAAACCUUCACUUACUCUUCUAAGUUUACAAGUGAGAAAACAUACCAGAAAGGAUCUGUAUACAUGAAGGAAUAUAUAGUUUCCCAUCCUCUUUUAAUAACCACGAGUACAAACACAGAGGCCCUAUAUUUGUAAACAAUGUGACAAGUCCUUCUUUUAUUCUUUUCAUUUUAUAGUACAUAUGAUAAUGGACACUGGAGAAAAACACUGUGAAUAUAUGAAAUGCAGGAAUGCCUUCAGCUGUUGUUCAUCACUUAGGAAACAUAAAGAGAACUCACAUUGAAGAGAAAUCCUGUUAAUCAGAGUGUGGGGAAGUCUUGAUUUGUAUCUAAUUCUUUCAAAGCCAUGUGAAAAUUCACAUUAUAGAGAAACCAUGUUAGUGUAAUAAAUGUGAGAAAGUAUGGAGUUCCCAUCGUGGCUCAGCAGUUAAUGGUUAAUGAAUGAGGCUAGCAUCCAUGAGGAGGCAGGUUUGAUCCCUGGCCUCACUCAGUGGGUUAAGGAUCUGGUGUUUCCAUGAGCUGUGGUGUAGGUCGAAGCCACUGCUCAGAUCCCAUGUUGCUAUGGCUGUGGCAUAGGCCAGUGGCUACAGCUCCGGUUCAGCCUCUAGCCUAGGAACCUCCAUAAGCUUUGGGUGAGGCCCUAAAAAGAAAAAAAAGAAAGAAAACAAAAGAAAAGAAAUGUGAGAAAUUAUGAUUUCUAGCACUUUAGUGCAUAUAUGAGAAAACAUUGAAGAGAAACCACUCAUAUGUAAAGAAUGUGGGAAAACCUUCAGGUCUUUUUCAUACUUUAGUCAGCAAGUGAGAACUCAUACUGGGAGAUAGGAUGUGGUUAAAGCAGAAAAAUCUUUUAAUUUUUCCUGACUGUUUCAAAAGCAUAUAAAAACUUAUAUUAGAGAAUAACCCAAUUAAUGUAACCAAUGUGGGAAAACCUUCAUGUACAUCUAUUCUUUUAUUAUGUAUUAGGAAAUUCAUACCAGAGGACAAAUCUUUAAAAUACUGUAAAUAUGGAAUUGCUUUAUCAAUGCCUCAUCUUUGAAGUGAUCCUUAGCUAAGAAUUUAUAGUUUCCACGUUUUAAUAAUCUCUAUAGUAAUAACUAUUGCUCUCAGUAUCCUUUCAUCUUUCAUUUGACUUUCAAUAUGUAUUAUUGUCAUUGCUGUUCCCUUAUAUAUGUUGUCUCAUUUCCAUUGUGAAAUCUCUUUAGACCGAAGUAAAGUGUAUUUUAAUAUGCAAAUAAGUGUAUCUGAAAUUAGCUUAUUUAUAAUUUCACUAUAUGCAAUGUUUGAGGUCAUUGUGAUUUUGACUUUGGUACUUGUUGGGAUUUUCUUUCCAGUCUACUGAGGAAGACCCUGGAGUUUGCCCACCUGAUACCUAUUCCACCCUCCUUCUUUACUAUGAGAAUAUAGAAAUUUUUAGGUUUUUGACCUUUACUUUUGAGAGAUGUACCUUUAGCAUUUUUGUGGCUAAUGGAGUAUAUAACAAAUGUCUUGGUCAAUAAGUAGUUGAAAUAAGUAAAAAAUAUUCAAAGUUAUCAAAAAAGGAUGGUUUCAUCUGAAUUCUUAAUUUCACCUUUUGCACUUUGCUUUUUGUUUAAGUUGGACACAACAUGUCAAGUGGAAAAGAGAACUUACGACGACCACAAGGAGGAACGCUAAGGGUAAUGAUGGUUGUGUUGGCCUGUGGAUUGUGUUAUAUGAAGCACAGAACUCCAUUUUCUAGAAUUCUCUUUGCUGUAUGGUUAGAAUUGUACAAAAGGGGGAACCACAUGAGACCUGAAAUGCAAAAAUGAAGAAGCCAUUAAUCUCAAAAUGAUGCAGAAGUGUCAGAUUGACACAAAAAUAAAGAACUGUUCACAAGUUC